UCGGCGGUCAUUUUCGAACUAACCAAAACUUUGAUUAGUUUGAUCCAAGAAAGAAAAAAGGAACAGCGAGAGCACAAUGCUCGGCUGGAAGCCAUGAUGAGGAACAUGCGACCUAUUGCGGUCCGUGCCCCUCCGAUGCAACAAGGAUUAGCUCCUGCCCCCGCUUUCGAAGGAUUUGCGAACAAUGUGAAUGUUUGCUACGCCUGUCAUCAGCCCGGACAUCUAGCCCGUGACGGCCCCCACCGACCCCCACAACAACGGAUUGGAGUCGCACCUAUGGCUGCGGCCCCCAUCGCCGACGGACCUGGACGAGUCGGAGCCUUGAUGGAAGUAGAGGGUGGGGGAAGUGCCUUGGCCACCACGGAAGAGGCCGCCGAGCUAAUUCCGCUAGAUCAGUAUGUGUCGCUGGGAUAUCCUGGACUUGGAAUGAUCGGAACAAUCAGACCAGCGCCGGAACCAAAAGAGGUGGCGGAGUGGCGACCGUCCUUAGGAGAAAUGGAGUCGGGAGGACCCACCUUCGUCACAGGAGAAAUCGAUGUAUUAAACAUUAUCCGAGCUUUAGACCAUCGGAUUCCACUACCGAUGGGUCAUCUACUCUCGAUCUCUGAGCAAGCCAAUGAGCGAAUGCUACAGCAUUGCAAAGCAAACCGAAAGCGAUUUGCCCUCGCCCGAACACCAAGUGCCAAAGCCACGGGCCCUGCGCCGGAAGAAAACCCAACAAACACUCUGGAUCCAAUACGGGUGAGAUUAAUUCAGAAAGACGAUCACUUCUUACGGAUUAAACUGAUUCCGUGGAAGUCCGCAGAAUGUGAUAUUGAAAUUUGGGGAAUUCCUUACAACGCGAUAAUAGAUUCAGCAGCGGUUGUGUUGGCUAUCUCACUAAGAGUGGUCGAAAGGGCCGGUAGGAAAAACGACCUGACCAUGCUCACCGAGAAAGAUCAGCUCAUUUCGGCAGAUGAGGAAAAUAUUAAAACUGUGGGGAGAAUGACCAAUGUCGCCUUCCGAUUAGGAAAAAUACACGCGCUUGAGGAUGUCGUAGUAUUAGAUCUUAAUACGUACGACGUUCUUUUCGGACUUCCUGCUCUUGUGGCGUUACGAGCAAACCUGGAUCUCGAACGACGAUCGAUCGUCCUCCGAAAUACAGGAGGAAAACCCUACGCUGUGCCCAUGCGAUUGACCCUUCACACUACUAUUAACGUGGUUCUGCGAGUUUCGCCGAUGAUGGCAGGGACUCUCCGCAUGAUCUUCUGGGAUGAACCCGCAGAGGAAAAAUUAACAACUGAUGAGGCGGAAAGCAGUGACGAAGAUGAUCCGGAGAUCCUGAAAUUGGCACGACAACAUGUUUGUUACCCUCCGCCCAAAACGAUAGCGAGAACGAUGCAACUAACAAGCCGAAAAAUUCAAAGAACCAAGGCGAUGAUCUUGGGUGAGCCCCUCGUACAGAUUUCGAGGAUGGUCGAUUCUUUGGAACCCCCUCAAACUCUGUACGAAGGAAUCACCCCUCUCCUUGCCCGGUACAGCGACAAGAAGCAUUACUCUGAUAUUACGGAUCUACCCAAGUCCUUACUAACCUCGGCCAAAGAAGUGAGAUUGUUGCGUUUGGGGGCGGAAGCAAGCUCUCUGGAAUCCCCUGGGCGUUUCGAAGCAGAAACAAACGGAUUGGGGAUAAAGAUCGCAACUAAGGAAGUGUCGUGGCAUGAUGUUUGUGACGGGGUUACCCCGGAAGGACACGUGGCAAUCCGAGAAGAAGAUGUUCUGAUGAUGGCCACGAUGUUCUCAUGGCGAUCGGAUCAUUCAUUCAUCUCGGCGCCUCCACCCGAUUUGACAAAACAAACGAACACGAAACAGAUUGACGUUCGGAUCUGGGACCAACUUUUCGAACUGCAUGUGCCACAAUACGUGCCGGAUGAAAUCCACCAGUGGGUUCGGUGUCCGAUGGGGAUUUGGAAUGCGCCUGCCACGUUUCAGCGAGCGAUGAACAUGACGUUCCAGAACUUCGUCAACAAGACACGGCUAACGCAGGGAAUGAUUAACUUCUGCGUGAUCGUGUACAUGGACGACAUCCUGGUCUAUUCGGAGACUUAUCACGGGCACGCGCAACACAUCGAAUGGACAUUGGGUGCAUUGAGAGACGCUGGGUUCAAAAUUGCGCUUGAAAAAAGCGAAUUUUUCCUCUCGGAAAUUUCGUUCCUGGGCUAUGUCGUGACACGUGGAGGAUUGCGGCCAGACUCGAGAAAAGUUGCGGCGGUGAAGGAAGCUUCGGUUCCCACGUCACCGACGCAGGUUCGAGCCUUCUUGGGGCUGGCGUCGUACUACCGGCGCUUCAUCAACGGCUUUGCCACGAUUGCACGACCACUAACGAAUCUGUUACGGAAGGACCAGCCUAUCAAUUGGGACGAGGAGUACCAACAGGCCUUUGCAACCCUCAAAGAUGCUCUGGCAACGGCCCCUAUUUUGAUUCGGCCGGACCCCUCGAAGCAGUUCAUUCUCAUCACGGACUGGCAACCGGAAGCUAUUUCCGCUAUUUUAGCACAGAAGGGGAACGAUGGUCGCGAACACGUCAUCGAGUACGCGUCUCGAACUGUACCGGACGAACGAAGAAACGACUCCGCACCUCAAGGCGAGUGCUAUGCGGUAGUUUGGGGAAUCCAACACUUCCAUCCAUAUCUUUACGGACAAAAGUUUCGCCUCGUAACGGAUCACAAGCCUUUGCUGGCAGUGAAGAAACUCACCAACUACACGGGCAUGAUUGGUCGUUGGGCGGUGCCACUGCAAGAAUACGACUUCGAUAUCGUCCAUCGAAAGAAAGAACGACAUGGCAACGCGGACGGGCUGACACGUCUGCAUCGACCUACCAAGCCAACGGCGUUCGAGUGGGCGGCGCUGAGAGCAGAAGAGGAGGCCGAAGAGGAAUCAGAAGGAGAGUUGAGGAGAGAGGCCGGGGAAGCAGCGGCCCGAUUGGCUGAGGACGAGGAAGAAGAGCGCGAAGCAGAAGAAGAGUCAGCGGAAGCCGAAGAAGAAGAAGAAGCAGAAGAAGAGUCGGCGGAAGCAGAAGAAGAAGAAGAAGCAGAAGAAGAAGAAGAAGAAGACGCAGAAGAGGAGACUUCGGAGGUAGAGGAAGAGGCCUAUAGCGAAUACAGCGAGGGCGAGCAAAGUGAGAAGGAGGAGGAAGACGACGAAGAAGUGGAAAGGAGGGACGACCAGGGCCAACGCACGACGAGCUCGAGUGGGGGUCAGACUAUGAAGGUGAAGGUUGCUAAUUCGUACAAAUGCGCUGUGGCGAUACCGAAGAAGUCGAGCACGUACUCUGUGUCGCGGUGCCACCACAACCUCUACACCAACCGUGACGACGUCGCGUCCCGUGAGUUCAACCAUGGAAGCAUCGACGACUUCCUCAGCAACUGCAUCAAGAUCUACAUUGGCUCCGCACAGUACAAGGACGGCAGCAACUACAAUAGCGGAAAAUCCAACUCGAAGUCGUGUGUCAUGGUAGAGACCGGCGAUCACUUCAUCUGAGAGAGAACGACAAGUCUCGUCUUGUGCGCUCAGGCAAAGCGUUCUUCAUUCAAGCGUCUGGUCAUAUCCUGCCCCGCCCAAGAAGAGCUGGGGAUUCAGAAGCGGUGAUGGAGGGACUCGAUGCCUGGAUCUCCUGCCCAAUGUGCCGGCAACACACAAGACAGCUGCUCAGGAGCAACUGAGAAGUCCUCUCCUCUUUCUUUGGGAGGUACAACGUGGCGGUUUGUCUCACAAGGCUGGCCGGUUCUUAGUACGGUGACUGGCAGAGCUGUCGUAAGGUGUACAUAAGUUUGCUCAGUAGGGAGCUCACAGGUUGUUAUUUAAAGAUUGCCUCCAUGUACGCAAAAAAAUUGUCUUUGGCAUGAUAGUAAAAAGAGCCUAGGCGA